AUGGAAGGAUCAGGGGACGAUGCUGCCACGGCAUUGGCGCCGAUAGCGAAGUGGAAGAGCGAGUUCUCUCGAACGUUUCAGUUCUGUUUGGAUCGCUCGAUGCCGCAUAUCACGGAAAGAUGGCUUGGAACGCUUGCCAUUGCAACCAUAUACGUUCUACGCGUCUACCUCUUGCAAGGCUUUUAUAUCGUAUCCUACGCUAUUGGGAUCUACAUCCUGAAUCUAUUGAUUGGUUUUUUGUCGCCUAAGAUUGAUCCUGAACUCGAACUCGGAUACUUGGAUGAAGUCUCAUUGCCAACUAGAGGCUCCGAUGAAUUCAAGCCUUUCAUUCGCCGACUUCCAGAGUUCAAGUUUUGGUACUCAAUAACAAAAGCAUUUUGCAUAGGCUUCAUGAUGACUUUCUUUUCUAUAUUCGAUGUUCCCGUCUUUUGGCCCAUAUUACUCUUCUACUGGAUUGCACUAUUUGUUCUCACCACGAAGCGUCAGAUAAUGCAUAUGAUCAAGUACAAAUAUGUUCCAUUCAGCAUUGGGAAGCAGAAGUAUUCUGGGAAGAAGACAGCUCCCACUGGCACGAGUUUAUCGAUAGAUUAAAAGGGUUGUUUACAUCCUUUUUUUCUGGAAAAGAAUCCAGAAAGCUGCAGCCUUUUUCAAGUUCUAGUUUUCUUUGUUUUUAGAUUUUAGAAUGGAAGUCAUCAAUCACAUGUAUACAUGUCGGGAAUUCAGUUUUUUUUUUCUUCCUAAUGAUGGACUACUAUGUUCCACAUCAAAAAUGGUUAACCUUCUUUCUCCAAGCUUCAUCCUUUGUAAUACUCACUACAUAUUCUUUUAACUGUUUGAGGUUUUAGCCCAUUUCUCCCCCUAUUUUAGCUAAUAAGAAUGUCUAAAAGUUAUUUUGGUUGCAUCGUUGUUUGUUGACCUGAAUGGCGUGAAGAAAGGAUAGAAAUGAAUCAGGAGAAGCUCCCUGGAAAUCUUUUCAAGCCUUGAUAACUCAAUAGUUGAAGCUUUAAAAUUAUUUUAACUUGUCAAUUAUCUGGUGGUUGUAUAAACUGAGUGCAGGGGUAGCAAUGCAA